CAGUCAGCCCAGAGGCGGCUCAUUGAAAGCAGACCCUCCUCGGCGCUGGCUGGGCGGAGGCGCAGCUGUCCGCAGACCCGCCACGGGCCGGGCAGAGCCGGGCGCCCCCUGCCCGGCUGCCCGCUCCUCCCCGCCGCUCCCCGCGAGCCCGGCCCGGCGCGCCUGACGUGGACCAUUAAACUUGGAGCUGCCGCCUCGUCCCCUCUCUCCUCCUCCUCCCUCUGACAGGCGAACGAGCGGCUUGGUGCAGGCAGGAGACGUGCUGCCGGGCUGGCCUGCCCGGGGGAGAUGACUUCUCGUCAGGAGGGCGCCUCUGGGAAGAAGACCACGGGGGAAGCAAAGUUUCAGGGCAGCUGAGGAGCCUUCGCCGCAGCCCUUCCGAGCCCUGUCACCCCCCCUGGCUAUGGAGGGCGGACUCUAAAAUGAAUCCCGAUCUGGACACCGGCCACAACACAUCAGCACCUGCCCAUUGGGGAGAGUUGAAAAAUGCCAACUUCACUGGCCCCAACCAGACCUCGAGCAACUCCACACUGCCCCAGCUGGACAUCACCAGGGCCAUCUCCGUGGGCCUGGUGCUGGGUGCCUUCAUCCUCUUUGCCAUCGUGGGCAACAUCCUGGUCAUCUUGUCUGUGGCCUGCAACCGUCACCUGCGGACGCCCACCAACUACUUCAUCGUCAACCUGGCCAUUGCCGACCUGCUGCUAAGCUUCACUGUGCUGCCCUUCUCAGCGGCCCUGGAGGUGCUGGGCUACUGGGUGCUGGGCCGAAUCUUCUGUGACAUCUGGGCGGCAGUGGACGUCCUGUGCUGUACAGCCUCCAUCCUGAGCCUAUGCGCCAUCUCCAUCGACCGCUACAUUGGGGUGCGCUACUCUCUGCAAUACCCCACUCUGGUCACCAGAAGGAAGGCCAUCUUGGCGCUCCUCAGCGUCUGGGUCUUGUCUACGGUCAUCUCCAUUGGGCCUCUUCUUGGGUGGAAGGAGCCGGCACCGAACGAUGACAAGGAGUGUGGGGUCACUGAAGAACCCUUCUAUGCCCUCUUCUCCUCCCUGGGCUCCUUCUACAUCCCUCUGGCGGUCAUUCUGGUCAUGUACUGCCGUGUCUACAUCGUGGCCAAGAGGACCACCAAGAACCUGGAGGCUGGCGUCAUGAAGGAGAUGUCCAACUCUAAGGAGCUGACCUUGAGGAUCCACUCCAAGAACUUUCAUGAGGACACCCUCAGCAGUACGAAGGCCAAAGGCCACAACCCUAGGAGUUCCAUAGCUGUCAAACUUUUUAAGUUUUCCCGGGAAAAGAAGGCGGCCAAGACCUUGGGCAUUGUGGUCGGGAUGUUCAUCUUGUGCUGGCUACCCUUCUUCAUCGCUCUCCCACUUGGCUCCCUGUUCUCCACCCUGAAGCCCCCCGACAACGUGUUCAAGGUGGUGUUCUGGCUGGGCUAUUUCAACAGCUGCCUCAACCCCAUCAUCUACCCGUGCUCCAGCAAGGAGUUUAAGCGCGCCUUUGUGCGCAUCCUCGGGUGCCAGUGCCGCGGCCGCCGUCGCCGCCGCCGCCGCCGCCGCCUGGGCGGCUGCGCCUACACCUACCGCCCGUGGACGCGCGGCGGCUCGCUGGAGCGCUCGCAGUCGCGCAAGGACUCGCUGGACGACAGCGGCAGCUGCCUGAGCGGCAGCCAGCGGACCCUGCCCUCGGCCUCGCCGAGCCCCGGCUACCUGGGCCGCGGCGCACCGCCGCCCGUUGAGCUGUGCGCCUUCCCAGAGUGGAAGGCACCCGGCGCCCUCCUGAGCCUGCCCGCGCCCGAGCCCCCCGGCCGCCGCGGCCGCCAAGACUCGGGCCCGCUCUUCACCUUCAAGCUCCUGACGGAGCCCGAGAGUCCCGGGACCGACGGAGACACCAGCCACGGGGGCUGCGAGGCCGCGGCCGAUGUGGCCAACGGGCAGCCGGGCUUCAAAAGCAACAUGCCCCUGGCGCCCGGGCAGUUUUAGGGCCCCGCGCACCGCUUUCCAUCCCUGGGGAGGCGGUCAUUUGGGGGGAGGGCGGGGCGGAGGGGGGGAGGGCAGUGUUGGCGCCCGGUAGACGCGGGCCCCACGGGGAAACGGGGGGAGGGGGGCGGGGAGAGGGGCAGCUGCUUUUCUGGCAGGGGCAUGGGUGCCAGGUACAGCGUGGUGAGCUGGGCCGAGCAUGCUGAGAGCCUGGGGGACCCGACGCCGGCCGGGAUUUCCGUCUCUCUCUCUCUCUCUCUGUGUAUAUAUCUAAACGAGUCCCUCUGUACAUGUAUUUAACCGUGGGUACACGUGCGUGUGUCUGUGCGGUGUACGUGUGGUGUGAGUGUGUGCGUGUGUGGGGGCCGCCUGCGCGGGGGCAAGAGCGAGUGUGCGCCCAGGAGGCAGCGGGGGCGUUUUUUUGUCUUGUGACUUCGUACCUCUCAAGCCCCUCCUUGUACUUCCUGAACGGUGGCACUUUGGCGGGGUUGGAAACAAAGUCGGACAUUAAAGGUUGUUUCUCCUGUUC